UCUGUCUGUUCCUUCCUUUUCCUAUAUUUAAGAAUGCAUCGAACAAAUAACGCCAGGUUCUUGGACUUGCUGUGGAGGCAUGUGCUCACCCUAGGGCUCCUCACCGCAGCCUUUCUAGUCUCCUGUAGCAGGGUCUACCUGCUGUACCACACCUGGAGCCAGGUACUCUAUGGGGGUAUUGCUAGAAGCCUCAUGGCCACCACUUGGUUCAUCUUCACCCAGGACGUUCUCACCCCACUGUUCCCCGGGAUAGCAGCCUGGCCCAUCUCCGAGUUUUUCCUCAUCCAGGGCACGAGCCUCAUUUCCAAUGUGCUCUGGUUUGAGUACACAGUAACCAGGGCAGAAGCCAGGAACAGACACCGCAAGCUGAGGACAAAGCUGCAGUGAUUGGUGGGCGUGGCUGGGUCAAGCCCCCGAAUCUGGCCUGCGCCACGCCUCGCAGGAUGGACAGGAUGAUGGACGGAGGGGUGAAGCAGAGACCUCGACAGACCCAAAUCACCAAGUGGAGCCCUUUAUUUUUUUUUCUUAUUUUAAUUUUAAUGGACAUGGUGGACCAAAGGGCUGAGUCAGACCCUCAGGGGGGACCCAGGGAGAGCCUGCUGUCUGUGGGUCUCAUGGCCAGAGACCCUGGCUCUGCUGCUGCCAGCUCCUGACUGGGUGGAAAACGCUCUUGGCAUGGG